AUGACCGAGCCCGAACCAGAACCACUGCAGUCUCAAGAGCCUGAACGACCUGCCGACGCAGUCUUGAGGGAGACCCGACCGUCUUCUCCGCGCGAUCGGGACGAUCGGGAAGCUCUCGAGCUGCGCGAGAUUCAAACCCAGGAAGAUCAUGAGCUGGAUUACUCCUCCCCAUCAGCCUCCUCGGGCGAAGAAUAUCGGGUGACUCGACGGACAACCUCCCGCCGCAGUGUGCGACGCCCCGACGCCGAGCGAAAAGGAGUGUGGCAGAAGAUCUAUCGCUUUUGGACGCAUCAUGUCACUCUGACGGUGCCCCAGAAGAGCAACCGCGACCACUUCGCAUUGGAAAGGACAUUUCUCGCCUACAUCCGCACAUCGGUGGUCAUCGCAAUGCAAGGGGUCCUGAUCGCGCAGCUCUUCCGUCUCCAGCGCUCACCCACUUCCGAGGACCGACUACGAUUUUACGAGUUUGGUAUCCCCCUCGCCGUGACUUGCCACUGCGUCGCUGUACUCGUGGCCUUGAUCGGGGCCUUUCGGUUCUGGAGGCAGCAAAGUGCAAUGUCACGAGGUAAAAUUCAUGUCGGAGGGUGGGAGCUGAAUUGGGUGGGAAUAUUACUCUUCGCGGUCAUUCUGGUGACCUUGAUCAUUACUGUUGCGAUCAUCAUCGAGAUAGACAUGAACCCUGCCCCCCUAAUACAACGAAUACUGCGCCGAUGA